AUGGUUUCAAAAAAAUUAACAGAACUACUAAAUCUUGAAUGUUUAAUAUUGCCUUGCAAUAUUACACUCAGUGAUGAAACAAUAAUUGCAAUUUCAAAAAAUUGCAAAAAACUUAAACAUUUGAAAAUACCACAUUGUAGAUUAGUACAAUCAAAUAAUGACAAUGUCAUCGUCAAAUUAAAGGGAUUAAAGAAAUUUUAUUGUGCUAGUUGCAAAAAACUUACUGAUGCUGGUGUCAUUCAAUUUAUACAUAAUAAUCCAGAUCUUGAAGUUCUUGAUAUUUGCUUCAUCCCAAAUAUUACAGUUGAUACUUUCAUUGCUGCUGAUCAGGCAACUGAAAAUCGUGUAAAUGGUGUUAUUUUGUACAUACGUUUUUAUUAUGAGGACAUAGAAGAAGCUUUUGAGUUGAUAAUUAAAUCUCAAUGUACAUACCAUAAUUCAAAAUAUCUUGCUGAUCCGAAUAUAGCUGAAAUUCAAUCGCAAUACUGUGUACACUUUCUACCCUUUACACUCAGUCAUCCAUUAAUAAUCGCACUUUCAAAAAAUUGUAAAAAACUUAAACGUUUGGAAAUUGCCCAUGGUACAAUAGAAGAAUCAACAGAAUUAAGAUUUUCAUCGGCAUCUGUUCUUGAUGACUUAUCAAAACUGCAAUAUCUUGAACAUUUAAAUUUGAGCUUCGUUGCCGAUCUCAAAAAUAGUACUAUUCUUGCUAUUGCCAAUAAUUGUAAGAAAUUAAAAUUUUUGAAUAUCGAAGGUUGCAUAAAUAUUACUGCAACAUCUCUCAUGGCUUUAACGAGCUUAAAAAAUUUACAAGAAUUAAAUGUAAAUUCCCAUAAUAUAAAAGACAAUUUCAUUGUCAAAUUAAAUGGAUUAAAUAGAUUGGAUUGUGCUGGUUGCAUAAAUCUUACUCAUACUGGUAUCGUUCAAUUUUUGAAUAAUAAUCCAGAUCUUGAGUUUCUUGAUAUUACAUCAAUCUUCCAUAUGGAUAUUAUCGAUGCUGCAAAUAAGGCAACUAAAAAUCAUAGUACUAUUCUUGCUAUUACUAAUAAUUGUAAGAAACUAAAAUUUUUAAAUAUCGAAGGUUGCAAAAAUAUUACUGCAACAGCUCUCAUGGCUUUAACGAGUUUAAAAAAUUUACAAGAACUAAACGUAAACUUGAUUAAUAUAACAGACAAUGUCAUCGUCAAAUUAAAAGGAUUAAACAGAUUGGAUUGUGUUGGCUGCAUGAAGCUUACUGAAAAUGGUAUCAUUACAUUUAUGAAAAAUAAUCCAGACCUCGAAAAUCUUGAUAUUAGAUUAAUCAAUUAUAUGGAUAUUAUCGAUGCUGUAAAUGAGGCAACUAAAAAUCGUACAAAUGGUAUUAUUUUGAAAAUUCACACUAUUGAUGACGAGUUGAUAAAAGAGUCCAAGUGUUUUAUUACAUCUCCAUGGGUGGUCUUUAGAAGAAAUUCUAAACGGAUUGAAAUUUAUGAAGAUAAUCUUUAUAAUUAG